CUCGGGCUCUCUGGAAGCCGGGAACAUGGCUGGGCGGGCUGCGACCGGGGCCUCGCCGCCGGCCGACCGAGAUGGAGCAUCGCCCAAUGUGGUGGCGCGGCUGUCGCAGUGGGCGGACGACCACCUGCGCCUCGUUCGGAACUUCAGCACCAUCAUGGCCAUAGCUGGAAUAACAUUACUUCUGAGAAGUGUUCGACUGACGUCAAAAUUUACAAGUUCUUCAGAUAUUCCAGUAGAAUUUAUAAGAAAGAAUGUUAAACUACGUGGACGAUUACGCCGAAUUACCGAGGAUGGUUUAGAAAUUGAGCAUAUACCUAUUUCUUUACCGAUUAUAUCUUCAUGGAGAAAGGAGCCACGUGGUGCUCUGCUGGUCAGGCUGGCCGGAGUGGAGCUCACUGACGCUGGCAAGGUGUGGCUGCAGAAGGAACUCAGACCUUCCCAGCCACUUUGGUUCCAGCUUCUCGGAAAGGAGAAUUCAGCACUCUUUUGCUACCUUUUAGUGAAUAAGGGUAGAUUUUUUAGUGUGAGUCUGAAUGAAGAAAUUUUGAGAAGAGGCCUUGGCAAAACUGUUCUCAUUAAAGGGUUAGAUUAUGAUUCUAAAAUCUAUUGGAAAAUACACAGAAACUUACUUAAAGCUGAAUUAGCAGCCUUAAAAAAGGGAGAAGGAAUCUGGAAAGAAGAAUCUGAAAAAGAAAGUUAUUUGGAAAAAUUCAAAGGCUCCUGGAGAGAAAUAUGGAAAAAAGACAGUUAUUUAAAAAGAAUUGGAUCAGAUUUCAACCUGAAAAAAGAAAGUUAUUAUGACAAAUUUAGAAACACUUAUGAAGCAUGGAAAGACAACUCAUUAAUCCUGAGGUUCAGAGAACUUAAGAGUCGCAUACACUUUCGUAGAAAAGGGUGAAAUAUUCCUAGAGAGCCGGAGAUGACUUACUGUGAGAAGAGCAGACUAUGGAAAUAUAUGGAUAUUCUUCAUUGAUUUAAAAUGGGAUUCCUCCCCUCCCCCGAAAUGAUCAAACUUGUAUUCUCAUGGCAUUUAAAUAUUUAAGAGAUAAUUGUUAUGAAGAUGACAUCAGAAUAAUUUAAACCAAUUGUGAUUAAUGUAAUAUACUUUUAAGAAAAACGAAACACUGUAAGACCUUACCGGGUUGGAGGAUAUAUACAUGUACUGUUGGUCUUUGAAGAGAGAGUUUAACUCUGGGUUGUAUUAUUUGUAGUUAUUUUGGACAGCCAUAUUUAAUAUUUGUUUGGAGAGAAUAGUCUUCCAUUUUUUUCAACUUCGAUUAUUUAUAAUAAAGGACCUGUUUAUAACUCA